CUCUUCAAGGACAACACCCCCUCCGUCGUCUACAUCACCAACCUCGCCGUCAGGCAGGACGCCUUCACGCUGGACGUGCUCGAGGUGCCGCAGGGCUCCGGCUCCGGCUUCGUCUGGGACAAGCUCGGCCACAUUGUCACCAACUUCCAUGUCAUCCGUGGCGCGUCUGACCUCAGGGUCACGCUUGCUGAUCAGUCGGUGUAUGAAGCCCAAGUUGUGGGAUUUGACCAGGACAAGGAUGUUGCUGUUUUGAGUAUCGAAGCACCAAAGGAUAAACUAAGACCUUUACCAGUUGGUGUGUCAGCAGACCUACUGGUUGGUCAGAAAGUUUAUGCCAUAGGAAACCCAUUUGGCCUUGACCACACUCUUACAACAGGCGUUAUCAGUGGAUUGCGAAGAGAAAUUAGUUCAGCUGCAACUGGACGUCCUAUACAGGAUGUAAUACAGACUGAUGCUGCUAUCAACCCUGGUAACAGUGGAGGCCCACUUCUUGAUAGUUCUGGAAACCUGAUAGGUGUAAAUACUGCUAUAUACUCACCUUCAGGAGCAUCAUCUGGGGUUGGCUUCUCCAUUCCAGUUGAUACAGUUGGUGGUAUUGUGGAUCAGCUUAUACAAUUUGGGAAAGUGACGAGACCUAUUUUGGGGAUAAAAUUUGCCCCUGACCAAUCUGUGGAGCAGCUUGGAUUGAGUGGAGUGCUUGUCUUGGAUGCUCCCCCAAAUGGACCAGCUGGCAAAGCGGGUCUGCAAUCAACGAAACGGGAUGCCUACGGACGACUUAUCCUUGGGGACAUAAUUACUUCUGUUAAUGGUACUAAGGUUGCGAAUGGAAGCGACCUGUACCGUAUCUUGGAUCAGUGCAAAGUCGGAGAGACGGUGACCGUGGAAGUAUUGCGCGGAGAUAAGAAGGAGAAGAUCGCUGUGGUCCUUGAACCGAAGCUCGACGAAACAUAGUGAGUGGUGUCCUUCUCGGGUGUAUUCUCACGUAGGUACAAGGUAUUAGCAUGUUCGCCUACCACGGAGCUCCUUGUACAUAAUUGAUGUUUGUAAAUUGUCUGCUGUAAAAAGAAAGGAAAGAAAAAUAUCAAUUUGGUUCAUCGUUCA